AUGGCUUUCGCUCGCAGAUUAGCUAUUCUCCCCGGAGGUCUAGGCGGCCUUGGUUCCAGCAUAGGCAAGAAGCUUAGAGAACAAGGCGCUCACCUCGCCAUCCUCUAUGCCCCGUUCGAAGCUGCCCGUCGAGAGGAGCUUCUCAGAUCCGGCUAUGGAGGAGCCAGCGACGCAAUUCGUACCUAUAAAUGCGACAUUACCUCGCCAACAUCUGUCGAGUCUGCCUUUAGCGCCCUGGAGCGGGAAAUGAUCAGACCGUCGCCAGCAACCCAAUGCGAUGGGCUCUUUCCGAGCAUCCUCAUCAACACUGCCGGAUAUGUCUCGCUUAGUGACAUGGAGAUGACCCCGCCAGAGGAGACCAUGAAACAUCUAACCACCAACGUCCUUGGGCCGAUGCUUUGCUCGCAGGCCUUUGCGCGACUCUACUUUGCCGCCUCUAAGGCUGCAGAAUCAUCCGCGAACCCAUCCCCACCCGGUCGAAUCGUCAACAUUGCAUCGCAGGCUGCGCACGUAGCACUGCCGCGACACGGGGCAUACUGCGCUUCCAAGGCUGCCUUGCUAGGAUUGAACCGUAGUAUGGCGUCGGAAUGGGGAGGACGAGGUAUCACCGCCAACUGCGUAUCGCCGACAGUGGCGUGGACGGCUCUCGGGAAGAAGGCUUGGGGCGAAGAGUCGGUGCGGGAGGCUUUUUUGAAGUCUAUUCCCACUGGCAAGUUUGCGCUUCCUGAGGAGGUUGCGGAUGCUGUUGUCUUUCUUUGUCAGGAUUCGAGCGGCAUGGUCAAUGGUGCGGAUAUCAGAGUUGAUGGCGGCUUUACCAUCCAAUGA